CGGGCGCUGCGCGGGGCGCGGGCCCCGCCGCGGGGGCUGCUCUACGGGCGGCACGGGGAGCCGGCGGCCGUGCUGCAACUAAAAGACCUAGAGGUGGCCGAGCUGGGGGAUUCUGAUGUUCACGUCAAGAUGUUAGCAGCCCCUAUCAAUCCAGCAGACAUCAAUAUGAUCCAAGGGACAUACGCCAUCCUCUCUGAGCUGCCGGCAGUUGGAGGCAAUGAAGGCGUUGGCCAAGUGGUGGAGGUUGGCAGUUGCGUGACAUCCAUGAAACCUGGCGACUGGGUGAUUCCAGCGGAUGCCGGACUCGGGACUUGGCGGACGGAAGCAGUGUUCCCUGAAAAGACCCUGCUCCGAGUGCCCAGUGACAUCCCCGUGCUCUGCGCCGCCACGCUGAGUGUCAACCCCUGCACGGCAUACAGGAUGUUGGUCGACUUCGAGACCCUGAGGCCAGGUGACUCUGUCAUCCAGAAUGCUGCCAACAGUGGUGUGGGCCAGGCCGUGAUCCAGAUCGCAAAAGCCUCCGGCAUCAAGACCAUCAAUGUGGUCAGAGACAGACCCGAUCUCCCAAAACUGGUGGAGAGACUGAUGUCCCUUGGUGCAGACCACGUCAUCACAGAAGAGAUGCUGAGAAAGCCAGACAUGAAGGACAUAUUUAAGAACAUCCCAAAGCCUCGGCUUGCCCUGAACUGUGUUGGAGGGAAAAGCGCUACUGAGAUGCUGCGGCACUUGCAACACAAAGGGACCAUGGUUACCUACGGAGGAAUGGCAAAGCAGCCUGUGACAGUCCCUGUGAGCGCAUUCAUCUUCAAGGAUGUGAAGCUCCGUGGAUUCUGGAUGACCCAAUGGAAGAAAGACCAAAUGCACAACAAGGACAGCCUGAAGAGCAUGGUACAGAGCUUGUGCGAGCUCAUUCAAAAAGGGCAGCUCACCAUGCCAGCAUGCACAGAGGUCCCACUUGAGGACUACAGGACAGCCCUGGAGGCCUCCAUGAAGCCAUUCACAUCAUCUAAACAGAUACUUGUCCUGUGACUCCCUGAGCCGAGGGAGGGCUCAGGUGUAGCAGUAGGCUGAACUGCUGGUGCUUCCCAUCACACUGGACCCUGCAGCUGGAUCCCAGCUGGCUUGAAAACAUUUCCUUUGCUGUGUUGUCUGUGGAGGAAGGUACCAAGGGGAAAAAAAAUAACUGUAGAACCAUCCAUUUUUUGCCCACUUAGUUUUAAAAGCCUCUGCAACUUUACAUACAUGGCACUAUGAGAGCAGUUUUAAUUGCUUUUGGAGAGAGAUUCUAAACUUGCUUUAGCUUAGAUUAGUUUCAUUGCAUUGGAAAGCUCAGGGUGUUGAGGCAGCUGCUACAGGAAUCUCAGAUUGGGGUGAUGGCAGGUGAUCAGUCAGCCAGGGAUAUAAGGAGCCAAAGUUCCCAGCUGGGUGCGUUUGGGGAACAAGAAGAGCACUGGGUUUGUUCUACUGCCUGGGAUGGCUGAUUGCUGCCUUCUGCCUCAUUUACUAGCUCUAACCUUCAUUCUGCUGUUUGUGUUGCCAGACAUCACCUCCAGGUGAUUCAGGCUAUUCUCAGGUCGUUUUGCAGGAAAGCGCACGGCUGGUCGCUGCCUGCCUCUGAGCCAGCACCUGCAGAGCCAAAUCUCCUGCUGCUAAAGGUGCUCUUGCUCUUGGCCACCCCUCAACCUGCAGAGCUGAGGAACUCCCGUCCCUGCUGUGAUAUUGGCUCCUUGCUAAACGCCACUCUGCUGUGCUGCAGUUCCAACCAGCGCUCACUCCAGGAAGGCAACAGGUGUCCAGACAGAGCAACACAAGACCCUUCUCGACCAGUGGCUGCUGGCUGGUCCGUACCCUGGGAACAGGCACCACUGGCACAAGUGGGAUGAUAGAAUGAUAUUGAGGUGUUAGCAAUACAUGCCUGUGUGUUGCUUUGAUCAAGUUGUCAUCACAGAUUAAAUGCAACAAGACAGAAGAUCGGAUGUGAAUGUGAACUUUAAAGUGCUGGCUGAGGAUUACAGGGUCAUCCAGUGCCAGCAGGCUGCUCUGCUAACACAGCCCCUCCUAGCUUGCGAAUGUGAACCACACUCCUCCAGGUGUUUCCUCAGCCGCCUCUGCCAGGAGCAGUAGCUUCAUCUUUGCCAGCCUUGAGGUCAAACUGCCAAGUCAGACGGAUGCCAGGAGAGGCACUUUCCUGAAAGCAUUGCACCUUCCCCAGGGAGGACAAGCUGGGGUGCGACAGGGCAGGCAGUGCUCAGCCCAUGGGGUCAGUCACUCUGAGAUGGAUGAGCCAGAGUGGGGACAAACGGAGCAGGUGAGGAGGUGUCCAGUGCAAACCAUGAGGACGAGCCCACUCCCUGGAGGAGAGGAAGGCAUGUGUAAGGCCAAGUGACCAUUGCAGCACUAUUGAACAUUGAAGCACAUUGCAGGGGUCGGGAGCCAGGUCAGCUGGUGCAGACUACCCUGGGCAGGCUAGGUCUGCAGCGUUUGCCCAGAGAAAAAGGCUGGAAAAAGGGCGGAGAAACAGGCAGAAAGACUUACCAAGUGCCAGCCACCACUGCCACACCAGCGGGAACUGUCCCAUCACUGCAAGACAGAGCAGACAUCUCAGGGAGCGCCCUAACUCUCGUGGCCCUGCAUUCAAGCCAGGGACAGGACUCGCCUCUUCGCUUGCAGCUGAAUUUCCCCAGUGCUUUGGCCCUGGGUGCUGGGUCCAAAACCUCAGCGGGAGACCAGCUGCCUGUGUUGCGCUUGUUUGGCAUCUCAAAUGCAUGUAGGAAGAGGGGUGGCUUUUUGCAGUACCUUGACCUGAAUUCAUUUUUGCUGCUGUUACUAUACUACUGGCACUAUGAUUGUGAGAUCUGCAGAGAAAUCUCUUUGAAAUCAAUGUUUAACUUUUUUUUAAAGAUGCUGCCAAUAAAUUUUUCUGUGAUCAGAGCAAAA